GAGAGGUGGGGAGAGAGGGAGAGAGAGGAAGAGGGAGAGGGAGAGGGAGAGAGAAGAGGGAAAGAGAGGAAGAGAGAAAGAGAGAGAGAAAGAGAGAGAGAGAGAAAG